AUGGUCCUUUUAUUUACUCUACCAACAACUUCACACAUUCAAUUUCCCCCAUUUAUCCAUUCACAUACCCAUCCAUCUCUCCCGCAGGCGAGUUCGACCGCUCGCCAUGGCUUGAGGGCCGCUCUCAAGAAACAUAAACGCCUUUCCCCUGCCCAGCGGGCCUCUCACCUCCCACAUGUCCUAAUAGCAUUGAACGAGUAUAUCCCCUAUCUAUCUGCUAUAUCACGGGGAUUAAGCUCCAACUCAUGGCGAGAAGAUGCACCUGGAGGGGAUCAGGAAGAUGGGGGGCGAUGGCAAGGUGUCGACGAUAUUGACAUCCUACUUCGAGCUGAAAUCGAGGUCGAAUGGCGUCCAACUUUGAGCUCCAUGUCUACAAUUCGAAUGCUACGCCAAGCUGCGAUGCGGGGCAACGAUUCGUCUUCCGCUUCUUCGUCAUCACGAGUAAAGGGCCGUGGCUUGGACUUCGAGAUUGCCUUUGUCUUGUCGACCUUGGCUUACGUCCAUUCAUCACUUGCACGAACUGAAUAUCUAACCACUUUGUAUUCGGCCAACACUCCUACCGCUGAGCAAAAGGCAACGGCUAUUCAAGCUGCGACAAAACACUUACUUCAAGCUAGCAGUAUACAUUCUUAUCUUGCCACGUUCUCCCCAGUAUCAAUUUCCGCUCCUUCAAACACAUAUACUCCAGGCAAUUUUGGUGCCGAGAUGGUACAUAUACCAAUUCCUGACCUGGACCCAUCUAUGCAAUCUGCUCUAUCGUCACUGGCCUUAGCUGAGGCAACUUUACUUGCUGUUUUAAAGGAUGAUGCUUUCCUGUCAGCAUGUAUCCAGUCACGCAACAAGAACGAUACAGAAUGGAUGAUUAAAUCUCCUGAUAUCCCCAAAGUUCGGACACUCCUUUUCGCACGCCUUUGCGUUCGCGCGGCAGAGUAUGCUGAGCAGGCCGCAGCUAGCGCUAUAAUGCUACAAAAGGGUAAAGGAUCAGCUGCUAGCUAUGGUGAUUCCGGGUCUGAGAGGAAAAUAGACAGCAAUCUUGUGAAUUAUAUGUUUAUUCUGGCAAGAGUAGCAAGAGCAAAGGCUUGUCGAUUCCUCGGCAUAGAUGCUGAGAUGUCCGGAAAAGUUGGAGAGGGAAUUGCCUGGCUAAGAGCAGCUCGGGAUAUGCUUGGAUUCAAGGGCUCAACGGCAGAGACUGGCGCCGAUCAGUCGUCUAAGGGCAAAUUAAGUGGGUUUUCGCGGUUGAAGAAGGAGUGGUCGGAGCGGAGAGAGGAAAAGAAAAUAGAGAAAGUGGCGACGUCGUCUAAAGCCGGUGAGCUUGUGACUGACAUUGACUAUGGCGAUGAUGCUGGGAGGGAGGAAGAGGGAAGGGUAAUUGAUAUGCUUGAAAAGAAGUGGACGAAGAUGAAUGAUACAGUCAAUACCCAGUCCAUUCCUUCUCCAAGCUCAUACGCUUCUAAGCUACCUUCCGGAAGGGAUAUACACGCGCCGCCAGGGCCAUAUGUGCCACCUAUGUUGGAGCCAGCUGAGCUCGAACGGUUAAGAGGACCCAUUGAGCCUCCCGAUUACAACAUAGACUUGGAAAGUAGCGAAGGCGAGGACGACAAGGAAACAUCCCGGAGCUAUUAUUAG